AUGCCCAUCCAUUGCCCAUCCAUUCGUUAUUAUGCCCAUCCAGUCCUUUCUGUUAGUUCACAACCAUUAUGCCCAUCCAUUGCCUUCGUUAGUUCACACAACCAUUAUGCCCAUCCAUUGCUUCGUUCGCCAACCAUUAUGCCCAUCCAUUGCCUUCUCCACAACCAUUAUGCCAUCCAGUGCCUUCGCACAACCAUUAGCCCAUCCAUUCGCUGUUCGCACAACCAUUAUGCCCAUCCAGUGCCUUCGUUAGUUCACACAACCAUUAUGCCCAUCCACGCCUUCCCACAACCAUUAUGCCCAUCGGUGCCUUCGUUAGUUCCACGCACAACCAUUAUGCCCAUCCAUUGCUUCGUUAGUUCACACAACCAUUAUGCCCAUCCAUUGCCUUCGUUGGUUCACACAACCAUUAUGCCCAUCCAGUGCCCUUCGUUAGUUCUGUUCAUUGCCUUCGUUCGCACAACCAUUAUUGCUUGUUGCCCAUCCAUCCAGUGCCUUCUUCCCACAACCAUUAUGCUUCAUCGGUGCCUUCGUUGGUUCGGACAACCAUUAUACCCAUCCAGUGCCUUCGUUAGCCUUCAUUGCCUUAGUUCACACAACCAUUAUGCCCAUCCAGUGCCUUCGUUGGUUCGCACAACCAUGCCCAUCCAUGUUCCCAUCCAUUGCCUUCUUCACAACCAUUAUGCCCAUCCAGUGCCUUCGUUAGUUCACACAAGUUGCCCAUCCAUUGCCAACCAUUAUGCCCAUCCAUUGCCUUCGUUAGUUCACAACCAUUAUGCCCAUCCAUUGCCUUCUUCGCACAACCAUUAUGCCCAUCCAUUGCCUUCGUUCACACGACCAUUUGCCCAUCCAUUUGCCCGUUGGUUCACACAACCAUUAUGCCCAUCCAUUGCCUUCGUUAGUUCACAACCAUUAUGCCCAUCCAUUGCCUUCGUUAGUUCACAACCAUUAUGCCUUCAGUUCAUUGCCCAUCCCUUCGUUAGUUCACACAACCAUUAUGCCCAUUCAUUGCCUUCGUUAGUUCACAACCAUUAUUCAGUGCCUUCGUUGUUCGCACAACCAUUAUGCCCAUCCAUUGCCUUCGUUAGUUCGCAACCAUUAUGCCCAUCCAUUGCCUUCGUUAGUUCACACAACCAUUAUGCCCAUCCAUUGCCUUCGUUAGUUCGCACAACCAUUAUGCCCCCAUUGCCUUCGUUAUUGCCUAUCCUUCGUUAG